AUGUCGGCUCUAACCCAGAAGCUGGCUUCACCGAUCUCUUCUGCCAUUUCAAGAAGGUCACUCAAAAAGUUGUUGGAUUUGAAAAGGUUCGCAUCCACAUUUGUUAUCAAGAAUCCAAAUUCAUAUAGCAGCAACUACAAUUCCUUCAAUCUCAACUCAAUUGUGAGAAAUCAAGCCAGAUUACCUCAAGGAAUCAACUACACCCACACACGUUUCCAUUCUUAUCAUUCCCAUUCAAGAAUGUGUCAAUCCGCCGGUGGUGUUGCCACAAACAUCCCUUCUGAUCGUGAGGUUUUACCAACUAAUGUCAAACCAAUCAAAUACGAUUUAACUUUUGAUCCAAAUUUCGAAACUUUCAAAUUCGAUGGUAAUGCUAAAAUUGAUCUUGAUGUUUUAGAAGAAUCAAACACUAUAACUUUACACACUUUAGAUAUUGAAAUCCAUUCCACAAAAGUUGGUGAAAUAAAACCAACUGGUACUAAAUUCGAUGAAGCAAAACAAUCAGUUACUUUCACUUUUAAAGAUAACUUCACGAAAGGUUCUAAAAUCACAAUUGAUAUUGAUUUCACUGGUGUUUUAAAUAAUAAUAUGGCUGGGUUUUAUAAAUCAAGUUAUAAAGAAAAUGGUGAAACUAAAUAUUUAGCAACCACUCAAAUGGAACCUACUGACUGUCGUCGUGCUUUCCCUUCAUUUGAUGAACCUGCCUUGAAAGCCAUUUUUGACAUUACUUUGGUUUGUGAUAAUCACUUGACUGCUUUAUCAAAUAUGGAUGUUAAAGAAGUCAAACAACUUGAUAAUGGUAGAAAAGCCACUGUUUUCAACUCUACUCCAUUAAUGUCAACUUAUUUAGUCGCCUUCAUUGUUGGUGAAUUGAAAUAUGUUGAAUCUAAUGAUUUCAGAGUCCCUGUUAGAUGUUAUGCAUCCCCAGGUUUAGAAAAACAAUGUCAAUAUUCUGCAGAUUUAACUGCUAAAACUUUAGCCUUUUUCGAAAAAGCUUUUGACAUUAAAUAUCCAUUACCAAAGCUCGAUAACGUUGCAAUUGCUGAUUUCUCUGCUGGUGCAAUGGAAAAUUUUGGUUUAGUUACUUAUCGUGUUGCUGAAUUAGUUUAUGAUGAAGAAAAUUCAACCUUGGCUACAAAGCAAAGAAUUUCAGAAGUUGUUCAACAUGAAUUGGCCCAUCAAUGGUUUGGUAAUUUAGUCACUAUGGAAUGGUGGGAAGGUUUAUGGUUAAAUGAAGGUUUUGCCACUUGGAUGUCUUGGUAUUCAUGUAAUGAAUUUUAUCCAGAUUGGAAAGUUUGGGAAUCUUAUGUUUCUGAUAGUUUACAACAAGCUUUGAAUUUGGAUGCUUUAAGAUCUUCACAUCCUGUUGAAGUCACCGUUAAAAGAGCUGAUGAAAUUAAUCAAAUCUUUGAUGCUAUUUCUUAUGCAAAAGGUUCCUCUUUAUUGAAAAUGAUUUCUGGUUGGUUAGGUGAAGAUGUUUUCAUUAAAGGUGUCUCAAACUAUUUGAAAAAACAUCAAUUUGGUAAUACUCAAACUGAAGAUUUAUGGGAAGCUUUAUCUGAAGCUUCUGGUAAAGAUGUUGUGAAAGUUAUGGGUAUUUGGACUCAAAAAACUGGUUACCCAAUCAUUUCUGUUGAAGAAGAUGCUGAAAAUGGAACUAUCAAAGUUAAACAAAAUCGUUAUUUAUCAACCGGUGAUGUUAAACCUGAAGAAGAUGAAGUUAUUUUCCCAGUUUUCCUUGCAUUAAGAACUCAAGAUGGUAUUGAUAAAUCUGUUGUUUUAGACUCAAGAGAGAAAACUUUGAAAUUGGAAAAAGGUUUAGAUUUUUAUAAAUUGAAUGGUGAUCAAUUUGGUUAUUACAGAACUUCAUACCCACCAGAACGUUGGGCAAAAUUAGGUAAAGCCGGUUCUGAAGGCUUAUUAUCUGUUGAAGAUCGUACAGGUUUAGUUGCUGAUGCAGGUGCCUUGGCCACUUCAGGUUAUCAAUCAACUUCAAACUUGUUGAGUUUAGUUCACAGCUGGAAAAAUGAAACAAAUUAUGUUGUUUGGACUGAAAUUAUUACAAGAGUUGCUGCGGUUAAAAACGCUUGGAUUUUUGAAGAUCAAGCUGUUACAGAUGCAUUAAAACAAUUUUCAAAAUCACUUGUUGCCCCAACAAUCCAUUCAUUGGGUUGGGAAUUUAAAAAAUCUGAUUCAUUCAAGGAUCAAAAUUUGAAAACUGUCUUGUAUGGUUCUGCUUCUGCUUCUGGUGAUGAAAUUAUUACAAAACAUUCUCUCGAAAUUUUCAAAAAAUAUGUUGAAGGUGAUAAAAAGGCUAUUCAUCCAAAUAUUAAACCUUCAGUCUUUGCAACAGUGGCUCGUAAUGGUUCCACUAAAGAAUAUGAACAAAUUUUGGAUAUUUAUAAUAAUCCAAUAUCUCCAGAUGAAAAAAUUAUGGCUUUAAGAACAUUGGGUAGAUUUGAAGAACCUGAAUUAAUUCAAAGAACUUUAGGUUUAUUAUUUGAUGAAAAUACCAUUAAAAACCAAGAUAUCUAUGUCCCAAUGCAAGGUUUACGUACUCAUAAAGCUGGUAUUGAAGCAUUAUGGAAAUGGGUUCAAUUGAAUUGGGAUGAUAUUAUUAAAGUUUUACCACCAGGAUUUUCAUUAUUAGGUUCAGUUGUUAAAAUUUCAACUUCAGCUUUCUCAAGUGAUGAAAAAAUUGAAGAAAUCCAAAAAUUCUUUGCAACAAAAGAUACUAAAGGUUUCGAUCAAGGUUUAGCUCAAUCUCUAGAUACUAUUAGAUCUAAAAGUCAAUGGAUUAAAAGAGAUAGUGAAGAUGUUAACGCUUGGUUAACUGAACAAGGAUUUUUGAAAAAAUAA